GGCCGGGGCUGGGGCCGCAGCGACAGCGUCCCGCUAUGAGAGAGACGCCGCGACCCGCAGGGAAAUAUUGAAAAAUAAAGUCUUAAAUCUGAGAAUAUUCUGAAGGGAGCACAGCACUAAAUUUGUAAUGAAAUGGAGUCUGGGUCAAGCUCCUUUCGAGUGAAUUUCCAGAUUUUUUCUAGCACCAUUUUGCAGAAGUUAAACCAGCAGCGCCAGCAAGGACAAUUAUGUGAUGUGUCCAUUGUGGCAGGGCAUCUCUUCAGAGCCCAUAAAGCUGUUCUUGCAGCUAGUUCACCUUACUUCUGUGAUCAGGUUCUCCUGAAAAACAGCAGGCGAAUAGUCCUGCCUGAUGUGAUGAAUCCCAGAGUGUUUGAAAACAUUCUUCUGUCUACCUAUACAGGGCUGGUAAUGCCUGCGCCAGAAAUUGUUAGUUAUCUGACAGCAGCAAGUUUUCUUCAGAUGUGGCAUGUAGUGGAUAAGUGCACUGAAGUGCUUGAGGGAAACCCAACAGUUCUGUGUCAGAAGAUGAAUCAUGGCAGUGACCAUCAGUCCCCAAGCAGUAGUAGCUACAAUGGCCUUGUUGAAACCUUUGAACUUGGCUCUGGAGGACAGACAGAAUUCCACAAAGUGCAGGAACUAAGGGAUGGGGAAAAUGAAGAAGAGAGCUCUAAAGAUGAACUGUCGUGUCAGCUGGCAGAACAUGAAUACCUUCCCAGUAAUUCUUCAACAGAACACGAUAGACUUAGCACUGGAAUGACCAGUCAGGAUGGCGAAGAGGGAACUAGUGAUAGUGCAGAGUACCAGUAUACCAGACCAAUGUAUAGCAAACCCAGCAUCAUGUCUCACAAGCGGUGGAUCCAUGUGAAACCAGAAAGGUUUGAACAAGACUGUGAAGGUGUUGAUAAUCCUUAUGAUGAGCACCAGGUUUCUGAAUCCGUGAAUGCCAUCCAGGCAGAUCACUCAAUCCAGUCUUCAGGUGUUGAAGAUUUUCACAUAGGUGACAAAAAGAUGGAAGCAGAAUUUGAUGAACAGGCAGAUGAAAGUAAUUAUGAUGAACAAGUUGACUUCUAUGGCUCGUCUAUGGAAGAAUUUUCUGGUGAAAGGGCAGAUGGAAAUUUAAAUGCUCACAGACAGGACCUUAUGAUGGCAGCAGGCUAUGGUGAAAGCAUUGAUAUGGCUGCUGGGAUUAAAGAAGAAACAUCUCUCACUGGAUUCUCCCAUGCCGAUAAGCUCUAUCCUUGUCAGUGGUGGAAAAAGGCUUUACACCAAAGUCAGAGAGAUCGGCAUAUGAGUAUGCACCUUGGUCUUCGACCUUAUGGCUGUGGUGUCUGUGGUAAGAAAUUCAAAAUGAAACACCAUCUUGUAGGCCAUAUGAAAAUUCAUACAGGCAUAAAACCGUAUGAGUGUAACAUCUGUGGGAAAAGAUUUAUGUGGCGGGACAGUUUCCAUCGGCAUGUGACCUCUUGUACCAAGUCCUAUCAGGCUUCUAAAGCUGAACAGAGUACUACUGAGAUGAACUAAGACAUUAGUGCUUACAUUUGUUUAGCAGAGUAAGAAAAUAAACUAAUUAUGCAAAUAUGUCUGGUACUUGCUAUUGUACAUUGUAAAAAAAAAAGUUUUAAUGAGUAUGCUGGUAUAAACGGAUCAAAUGUAUUUUGCUUCCCGCAAUAUUACUUCAGGUGUUCAGUGUGUGAAGUGCAUGUGGUUAAUCUGAAAGGUACCGGUGAAAUGAGGUCUGAGAUUGAUUGUAAUCCAGCAGUAUUUAGAAGCCGUCUUGUAUUUCUAAGUCAUCUAAAUUCACAGUAAAACUCAGCUCUAAAUUGACCAAAAUCCUGAAAAUAUUUAGGUGAACCAGGAAUUCAUGUAGUACUCCUUAAUGGACAAGAAAACUAAAAUGACAAACUGGGUUAUGUGAUUCACAUUUAAAUGAAGAAAAAAAGAGAAUUCCACCUCAAGGCGAAGACUGCCAACAUACUUAACGUGCAUCAUUAGGUAUUGUGCAUCAUUCAGUAGCCUUUGUUGUAUUGCUUAAUGAAAGGCAGUAGUAAAGGUGGUUUGGCUUUCCUUUAUCCAUCUUCUGUUUUUUAAAUUUAUCUUCAGUAAAACAAAUGUCUAAUUUUGUACUGAUUUCUGUUUAGAGUCUGUAAUACAAUUACAGUUUAUCACUAUAUAACUUUCAGUAUAUAUUAAGUAUACUUUAUCCUUGCUCUUCUAGGGUCUUGUGCUGUACUACUCUUGACUUCAUUAGAUUUUAAUUACUACAUUGUGAGAGCUUCUAGAUGUGCAUAAUAAGUACUAAAGAAAAAAAAAAGACACCAACAAAAAGUAAGAUGUAACAUUUGGAACGUAGUCAAAAUAAUCAAAUAUUUAAAGUGUAAAUUUCUGUUCAAAUUUUUGUGGCUUACUACAGUAGCAAGUACCAAACUCUUGAUUCAUGAAUUGAUGUGUUAUUGUUUUGAAAACUUCUUUGAGAACUUCUAUCUAGUUUUAGAAACCUGCUUUAGGAAAAUUACAUAGUCAUUGAUAGGUAUUUAUACUUUUAAUUCUUUACUGUUUGAAUAGUAAGAACUAUAAUACAGAUUCCUGGUACUGAACUACUGUGACUGGUGAUCACAAGCAGAGUUGUUUACUUCCUUGAAUGCAGUUGCUUGUGGAAAAAAGUAGGAAGUAUGUGAUUUGGAUCUUCUAAUGGUACUGCAGAACAUGGUACCACACUUACGUCUGAAGUUGG